UCCUUUCUUCCUCUCAUCCUAUUUGAAGCCCAUACGUUGCUUUCACAGCCCCUCGAUCUCCUUCUAUUUUUCAAUCACUUCUUUUCUUCCCUUCCCGCGAUCUCACGAAACCCGUGAGGUUUCGAUCUCUUUCUCUCUCUCUCUCUAUCCUUUUUUUUUCUUAAUUUAACGAAUCGGCUGUUUUUUUUUCUCUCUCUAGGGUUUUCUUUGGGGGACGACUGCUUCAGUAUUGCAUCUUAUCUCAGAUUUCGUUCAAUCUGUUUGAAUGACCUUGCAACAAAAUCUUAAGCAUGACAUCAAGUAUGCUAUCUGGCGAACGGAGGUGGGCUUCUGCAAGACGAAGUGGCAUGACUGUUUUGGGAAAAGUUGCUGUUCCAAAACCUAUAAACUUACCCAGUCAAAGGUUAGAAAAUCAUGGCCUGGAUCCUAAUGUGGAAAUUGUUCCCAAGGGCACCCUUAGUUGGGGCAGUAAAUCAUCUUCUUCAUCAAAUGCAUGGGGCUCCUCGACACUGUCUCCAAAUACUGAUGGUGGUAGCUGUUCACCUAGCCAUAUCAAUGCCCGCCCUUCAUCUGGUGGAAGUGGCACACGACCUUCAACUGCAGGUUGUGACAGAGCACAUGAACCUGCUAAUGCCUGGGUUUCAAAUUCUAGACCAUCUUCAGCUUCUGGGGCGUUGGCUUCAAAUCAGGCAUCACUUGCAUCUUCGCGUCCUCGCAGUGCAGAAACAAGACCUGCUAGCUCUCAGUUAUCUCGGUUUGCUGAACCUUCGCCUGAAAAUUCAGGGGCAUGGAGUGCAGCUGGGACAGCAGAAAAACUGGGAAUGACAUCUUCCAAGAAUGAUGGGUUUUCUCUCACUUCUGGAGACUUUCCUACUCUUGGGUCUGAAAAAGAUAUCUCUGCAAAGAACGCUGAGUUGCAAGAGCAUGGUUCUCAAGGUCAUCCUGGCGCAUCCUCUGGAGUAGCACGGAUGGAAGAGAGGACUGGGACUUCUAUUGCUGUUGACAUUUCUGUAGAUGCGAAUCUAAAGAGUGGAACUACAAAUUCUUGGAGAAGAGAUAGUCCUCCAUACAGUGAGGAUAGUGUCCGGCCAAGCAUGAAGUGGCAUGCAGAUCCCCAGGGACCCAAUCUGUACCCUAAUAAUGUUAUUUCUCCACAGCAUUAUGAUGCAUGGCGUGGCCCCCCAAUAAAUAAUCAUCCAGGUGGUGUUUGGUAUAGAGGCCCACCAGCAGGUCCUCCAUAUGGGCUGCCAGUUGCUCCUGGUGGCUUUCCUUUGGAACCAUUUCCUUACUAUCGACCUCAGAUUCCAGGUAGUGGCCUUGCUAAUCCACAGCCAGUUCCUCCUCCAGGAGCAAGACCAAGGGGACCUCAUCCAAAAAAUGGAGAUAUGUACAGAGGCCCUAUGCGUGAUGCUUUUGUCCGUCCAGGUAUGCCAAUUAGACCUGCUUUUUACCCUGGUCCGGUCACCUAUGAGGGCUAUUAUGGUCCUCCCAUGGGCUAUUGUAAUUCAAAUGAACGAGAUAUACAGUUUAUGGGAGUGCCAGCCGGCUCUUCUGCUCACAAUUGGUAUCCAGGUCAAACUGUUCCAGAUCCUGGUGGUUCCCAUGCCAGGUCCAGUGGCUAUGGUCAUCUGGAAAAAGCAUUGGCUGCAGAGCAUUUGGAAUCUGGCCAUCCUCAUGGUACACGAGGACCUUAUAAGGUUCUUCUGAAGCAGCAUGAUGGUUGGGAAGGAAAAGAUGAAGAGCACAGGUUAGAGGAUAAUGCAAAAGCAAAUUUAGAGAAGAGUGAUCGACAGAGAACAUCAUCGUGCGAAAAUAACUGGAAAGCCGAUCAGAAAAAGAAGGAAGAAUUGAAUGUAAGGACAGUUGUUGAAGAAGGUUCCACUCAGAUUAUUGACCACCAUGAAGGGGAUUCUAUCUUGGGCAAAGUGAUAUCAUCUGAAGGUGUAGAAAAUGCUAAGGUGUAUGCGGACAUUUCAGCAAAUAAAAUGGAUAAUCUAGAAGCCCCUGGUGCCGCAAAAGAUCCUAGUCUGAUUCAGAAAAUAGAGGGUUUAAAUGCAAAGGCUCAGGCCCCUGAUGGAUGUGAAUCCGUAUCUGUUUGCAGUAGGGAGGAGCAGAAAAAUAGAUCAGAAGUAGAUAAGGCAAAGGCUAAGCAUUUUGCAAAUGAAGUUUCAAGUGGUUAUCAUGCUGUAUUUCCUGAUAGAAUGCCUGCUUCUAGAAUGACUGGACCUACCUCUAAUGAAGGAGGUGUUUCUGCUGGAAAUAAGAGCCUUGAUUUGCCAGCUGUUGGUGGAGCAGGCAUUAACAGGAGAUCUACCCAUAGUAUUCAUGGUAGAACUGGUCACCAAGGCAGGGGAAGAUUUAAUUCUCAAGAUGUUGAUGGAUGGCGGAAGAAACCCCCAUUUACAGAUUCAUCAAAUGUAAAAUCCACCACACAUUUUGAAAAUCCUGAUGCAAACAUGCAUGACUAUAUUUCAUUAGAGGCUUCAGAGAAGUCUGGAUCAUAUUCCCGAGCAAGAGAUGACGGAGAAUCCAUGCCAACUGUAUAUGAUCCAAGUGAUAGCGAAGCGCAGCGUGCCUUGAUGAGGGAACUUGCCAAGCAGCGUGUCAAACAACGACAAAAAGAGGAGGAAGAGCGGGAUAGAGAUCAAAAGGCUAAGGCUCUCGCUAAAUUGGAAGGGUUGAACAGGCGUACACAAACAACUGAAGGUUUGACUCAGAAGUUGGAAUCUGUUCCAGAUAGUACUGUCCAGAGUAAGCAAGAAGAAUCUCGAACUCUCGCUGAAGAAACUAUCCUAUCUAGCAGAUCUGAAUUAACAAGCUUGGUUUCUAACCCAACUGUAGUUGCAGCUGUUGGUCAGAGCAGCAGUGGGGAACUUGAAAAGCCCACUUUUUUCUCCAAUCAACAACCUUUGGCGUCAACAAAGAAUGUCCGUAAGGCUGCAGAUAUGCAUAACCAUUCUUUGCCCUUGCAACAGAGAGUUAAUGAUGCUGAUACUGCUCUCCCUAAUCUUCCACAGGUUAGCGAUGGUAGCACUUCAAAUCAGAAGUGUGCAGGCUAUAGAAGAAAGGAUUAUAACUCAUUAGAUAAGAGUUCCAUUGAGAAGCAUAUUUCUACAAGUGCAACUGAAUUGCCAAAUAAUCAUAUUGAUGCCGCAGUUGAUGUGGCUCCAUCUGCUGAGGCUGUUAUAAAAGAAAUUGCCUCAAUCUCUGAUUCUAUUUCCUCACAAAAUGUUGUGAAUGAGCCAAUGAGCCAGAGAAGGAAAACAAACAGGAGUGGCAAGAACAAGCACAAAAUGCAGGAUGCAUCAUCUACGGCUCCUUUUCCAUCUGGGAUUUCAAAAGAAACAAACCUUACAAGUUCUUCUGUCAAGAGUUCUAAGCUAAAGUCUUCUGAAUGUGAGUUGGAUCCUAGCUUAUUUCAGUCUCUGACUGAUUCAAAGGAUGGAAAUCAGUUUUCAGAGCAGGACUCAGCUUUUCCUAAUGAAGAAGUCUAUGGCCAAGUGAAUAACCAAUGGAGAUCUCAGCAUUCUCACAGGAUUCCACGAAAUCCUCAAUCUCAUAGAUCUGGAGUCCAUAGUGGUGAUGCUGUUGUCUGGGCACCCGUGCGGUCACAUAACAAAGCUGAGGUUACUGAAGAGGUCAGCCAUAAGUUUAUAGUUGAGGCUGUUGCUCCACAGUCAAAGAACGACACUCAAGUGCAGAACAAUCCUAGAAACAAGAGGGCAGAGAUGGAGAGAUACAUCCCAAAGCCUGUUGCAAAAGAGAUGGCUCAGCAAGUAAUUACUCAGCAAGCAGUAGUUCCUUCAGACAAUCAGACUGCUACAGAUGAGAUCAUGGGAAAAGCAGAUUCUGGAUCUUGUGAAGUUGAAUUUUCUCAAUCUGUGGCCACAGCCAUGGUGAAGGUAGGGAACUCUACAGAGUCGAGGAAUGAUGGUAGGCAGAGUAGGCAGGGAAGAGGGAAUGGAUUGCAGAGCUUGCAAGAUGGACAUUAUUCCAACCCUAGUAAAAAUGCUCAGACAUCAACUGAGCAGAAGCAACACCAGAAGCCUGAUUUAAUCGUAGUGAAAGAGCAGACCAGGUAUGAUGAAUGGAAUACUUCUGAUGGUUGGAACAUUCCUGAAAAUCCUGAUUCUGCUGCAUCACCAGUAGUUCCUGUUGCAAGAGAUCAAGGAAUGAUAGGCAGAGGAAGGCGACAUGCAUUUAAGGGAGACAAAGGUGGGGGAAACAAUUAUGAUUUUGAUCACAAGAAAAUUGAUAAUGCUGAAGCUGAGAAACUUAACCCACAAUCUUCAUUCCCUGAGAUAGUUCAAUCAGAGUCAUCUGCUGCAUCAAAAGAAAAUCGUGGUGCUGGGGAUCGAACAACGUCUUAUUGGCAACCCAAAACUUCAUCCAUCAAUCAAAGAGGAACCAGGCCUGAUAGUGAUCAAAAUGUUAGGGCUGAAAUUGGUAGGGCUAACAAAAGGGAUUCUACUCAGGGUAGAGUGUCACAUCCAUCUCAACCUGACAAAGAAACAAGUGAAAGCCGGACUCAGCCUCUUAAAAAUCAAUACAUGUCUGAGAAAAUAACUGUUGAAGAGGCACAUAAUGUUGGGUAUCAUGACUCUAAGAGGGAAAGGAAGGUAGCUUCACUUAAAGGACGCCCUCACUCCCCAAACCAAGGUGCUGGUCUUCCAGUCGAAGCACCUUCAUCUCCAUUGAAUGUGGAUACUAGAAAUGAGCAGCACUCAACGGCAGUGUUCCGCAAAAAUGGAAACCAAAAUAACCGUUUUGGUAGAGGGCAUGAAUCUGAUGGUGAUUGGGGCUCAUCUGGUCAAGAAUUCAAGCACCAUAACCCACCUGCAAGCCGUGAAAGGCGGAGGCACAAUUCACAUUUCGAGUACCAGCCAGUUGGACCCCAGAAAAAUACUAGUCCAAAAACUCCCGAAGGACCAAAAGAUGGUUCUAAUGGUACAGGUACAAGGUCCAGGGAGAGAGGUCACAGUCACCCAAGGCGCAGUGGGGGAAACGUCCAUGGACGGCAAAGUGGCACUGUCAGAGUAGAUGUUGGUUAUGAAAAGUGAGGAAGAAAUUCAGGAUGGAUUUUUUAUUUGGUCAAAAACUGCCAUGCUGUGAACAAAACUGGUUUGAUCCCACAUAUUUUCAGGUAUUCCAGAUUAGGCAGCAUUUUCCAGUUGUAAAUACUAUUAAAUCAUUUCUGAACUGAUGGUAUAUACAUUGAGCAGGGCUAGGAGAAGGGCAGAUGUUGCCUAGGCAAAACAUAGUAUCCGUUGAACCAAGGUACUCAAAUACGGUUUAUUUCAUUUGUAAUUUCCUAUUGUAAUGUGGUCUCAGUUUGUAUGCUGUGGAACCUUGGGCACAUUGGUUUGAGCCUUAUAUUUGGAAUGAAAGCAGCCAAGAAGUUUUAUGGUC